GAUUGAAUGAGAAAGUUUUAACCGAAAUUUGCCCGCGAAGAGACAACAGAAAACGGUUAAGACGCCAACGAGGCGAGAGGGGUAAUACGAGAAAAGAGGGAGGGCAAGAAUCGUAAUUAAUAAGGAACCCAAGGGGUGAAUUGAAGAGAAACCUGUCUAUAUGACGCGUAAGUGUUUCUUAAAUUCAGAGAGACAAUUAAUCAGUUUUGUGUGUUUCAGAGAAGAUCAUCAUCUUCAAAGAGAUUUAUCAUCUCAAAAUCGUUCGCGUUGAGACGGUGAAUUUAAAUUAAAUAACAAAAAAUGGGUUACUGGAAUUCGAAGGUCGUUCCAAGGUUCAAGAAGAUAUUCGAGAAGAAUAGUGCAAAGAAGGCUGCUGCUGCUGAAGCUUGCAAGACCUUUGAUGAGUCUAAGGAAACAAUCAACAAGGAAAUUGAGGAGAAAAAGACAGAACUCCAACCAAAGGUCGUGGAGACCUAUGAGGCCACGUCUGCUGAAGUCAAGGCUUUGGUGAGAGACCCUAAGGAGGCUGGUUUGAAGAAAAACUCAGCGGCUGUGCUGAAGUAUCUCGAGGCUCUUGUCGGCAUAGAAUUCCCCGGAUCAACGGCUGUGAAAGAAGCUGCCUCUAGCUUCGGAGCUGGCUAUGUCUCCGGACCAGUCACGUUCAUAUUCGAGAAGGUAUGUGUGUUCCUUCCAGAGGAGGUUAAGACACGGGAAGUACCUGUGGAGGAGGCCAAAACUGAAGAACCAGUCAAAACCGAGGACCCAGCCAAAACUGAAGAACCGGUCAAAACCGAAGAAACAAGUGGCGAGAAGGAGAAGGAGAUUGUUGAAGAGACUAAGAAAGAAGAGAUCGUUGCAACCUCGGUCGUUGAGGAGAAGAAACCUGAAGUAGAAAAGGAGGAGGAGAAGAAGCCUGUGGUCGAAGAAGUGAAAAAGGAAGAAGCUUCUUCAGCUCCAGCGGUGGUUGAAACUCCGGUUACGGCACCAGAAACAACGACACCAGCGCCAGUGGCUGAGCCACCAAAGCCUUGAUUCGUUUCAAGAUGGUAUGAUUGCUUUCUCUUGUAUGAAAACAUCUUUGUUCGUAACAAAAAGAAAAAAAAAAGAAACUGAAAGGAACCAAAAAACUUAUUUUCAUUCUUUUUAUUUUAUAUGGUUUGUCUUUGUGUGGAUAAAUCUCUGUUUUGGAAGUCGUUAAUGCGUUUUUAUUUUAUUUGUAUUCAUGUGAAUUUGUAACAAAAUAUUGGUGGAUGUUUUUUGUGUAUAAUUAUUUGUAUGUUUCGACCAA